AUGGACGGGCAGGUCAUGAUCGUGACCGACCGAGACAAGAUGAAGGCAAUCCGUGACAACGGCCGGAAGGUAGCACGGUUCGUCCCCGACUGGAUCGGGCGGAUGAUUGUGGCGUAUAUCGCAUGGCUGCUUCCGACCGAGAGGGUACUGCGGCGGGAGUGUCAGCUUGCCGAGCCGCGUGGAGAGCAGCUCGAGUAUAUGUGGAGGGAUGGCAGCUCGGCGGUAUGGGAAACCGACCGGCUCAGCAGGAAGCUUGCUUGCAUCAUGCAGGCCGGGACGGGGGUCAGGUUAGGGGUGGGACGAUAUCGGGCGAUCGCGAUCGAGAUGGGGCGGAGGAUUCGAGGGCUUGUGAUGAAGCAGCUAGAAGGUAAGAUGGAUGAUGAGGAUGAGGAUGAUAACGUCGAGAUCGAUCCGAUCACAGGUGAGCCGGUUGACUGUGGAGGAAGCUGGAAUAUCGUAUGGGAUUUGCAGUCGACGCACGGAACACGGAUUGCGAGGCAGCACUAUGCCGUACAUAUCGGCUUCCCGGGUAAGCUGCAACCGGAGAUGAUCGCGACAUUCAAGGAGAUCAGCAGGCUGUGGCAUCAGUAUUUAGAGGGAAGCAGUAUAGAGGGAGAGGGGGAUACAGAGAAGACGGCGGUGAAGCGUAAGCGGGAUAGUCAAGUGACGGGGCAGCAGCAGCAGCAAAGGGCUGAUAGUUCAAACCGAGCAACUAGCCGCAAGCGGAGAAAGACGAAUAAGGAGGGAGAGGCGGCUUAG